AUGUCUGCGGACGUGUGCGGGGACUUAGGGAACGAGAGGGCAGCCACCCACAAAAGAAACUCGGCGAGCAGUUUAAGGCCUCUUGAGGGUCACGAGCAGUCGAAGAAGGGCCUGGGUAGGGUAGGGCUGGAAAGCCUGAGAAGGGAGGACAGCAGGAAGCCUUCCGUCUACUCCUCCGAGUGCCGCCGAGAGUCCGGCCCCAAAGCCCAGACCCGCGGCGCAGGGCACGCCCCCGGGGCUCGCGAACUGGCCGGGACCGGAGGGGCCGGGCCGUGCGAGGCGGGGAAUCGGAAGUUUUCCGCGGAGGCGACGGAGCCACUGCGCAGGGCCGAGCGUUCUCCUCCCCGGGCUGCCCCGCUCCCAAGGCCCCGCCUGAGAGUCCAAAUCGCGGUUGCCGCGGGACUGGCCGGGCCGCGGGGUCUCCCGGGGCCCUCGGAUCACAGGGGGCUCCCGCCCGCGCCCUCCGCCCCUCUCCCCGCCGCCUCUAGCGGGCUCCGCGCGCGGCCGGCCGGAGAAGGGACGGGGAGGGGAAGUGUGGAAGUUGGGGCGUGUACCUCCAAGCACCCUGCGCGCCCCGCAGAGCCCCAGGAAGGCGGCGAGCAGGAAGAGGCAGCGGGCCCCGAGGCGCCCCAUCCCGCUGCAACAGCCCCGCGCCCCAAGCUCGCUCCCCGGUGGCGGCUGAGCUACCUGCGCCGGCCCCUCUCCGCCCCCGGCCGGGACCCGGAGCGGGACCUGGAGCGGGACCAGGGGGCGCCGCCCCCAACCAGCGCGGGGGCUGGGCCGGGGCAGGGAGAGCCGCCGGCAGCCCGCAGCUGUUGCGCUGCAUCACGCUCCGCCCGGCGCCGGGGUGCACGGUGCCGACACGCGGCGGGGCCAGAGCACCCUGGCAGACUCGGUACGGACAGAACACGAGUCGCCUGCCCUGCGCGGCUAGUUCUGCGGUGGAGUUUACUGUGCGUUCGGGCGCUGAUGAGAAAUGGAGAAUGGAGGGGGAAGCAUUCCUGGUGGAGGUAG